AUGCCUCGUGGUCAGAAGAGUAAACUUCGCAACCGUGAGAAACGCCGCCAGGCUCGGGACCACAGUCAGGAUCCCAAGGAUGCUGAAGCCAUGACAGCUGAGGAAGGCAAGUCGCCAUCCUGUUCCUCCCCUGUUGCUAGGCAGGCGGCCCCCAGCACUGCGGGCAUCCCCCAGGGGUCUCAGGGAACCAGAGAGGCCAGUCCGGCUGCUGCGUGCUCCAGUGCUGGUAAAGGUGGCAAGAAUCGGGAGAAGGGAGACGGCAGGUGCACACGGGUGCAGGCCCUCUCCCAGGGCCCAAAGAGAGACCCCAAGACCAAGAAGGUGGAUGUGCUGAUGCAGCUGCUACUGCACAAAUACAAGAUGAAAGAGUCUAUCCUCAAGGCGGAUGUGCUGAGCAUCGUGGGCAAGAAGUACAGGAAGCACUUCCCCGACAUUCUGCGGAGAACCAGGGAGCGCAUGGAGCUGGUCUUUGGCCUUGAGCUCAACGAAUCCAACCGCGGUGACGAGUCCUAUGAUCUUGUCUGCAAGCUGGAGCUUUCUAGCAAAGAGUGUCUGGACGACGGCCGAGGUUUUCCCAAGACUGGGAUCCUGCUGCCUCUUCUGGGCAUGAUCUUCGUGAAUGGCCAGCAUGUCAGUGAGGAAGACACCUGGGCAUUCCUGAACAUGCUGGGAGUGCAUGAUGGUAAGCCGCACUUCAUCUUUGGGGAGCCCAGGAAGCUCAUCACCAAUGAUCUGGUUAAGGAGAAGUACCUGGAGUACGUCCAGGUGCCCAAUAGUGAUCCUCCACGUUAUGAGUUUUCGUGGGGUCCGAAGGCCCAUCUUGAGGUCAACAAGUUCAAAAUCAUGGAGUUUUUGGCCAAGGUCAAAGGUACUGCUCCCAGUAACUUCCAGUCCCGGUAUGAGGUGGCUUUGAAAGAGGAGGAAGCGCGAGCCCGAGCCAAAAAAUCGGGCAAACAUGGUGCUGCUACCCCAGCUAGUGUCCCGGCCCGCCGUGCACCCCAGCCCUAG